AGUAGGAGAGAGAGAGAGAGAGAGAGAGAGAGAGAGAGAGAGAGAAGUUGGAGUUCUAACCUUUGUGUGAAGAACAAACUGUUCACUAUUUGUGUAUAACGUUGUUGUUGCUUAGAUCGAGGAUUAUCAUUUUCAAUGUCCAAGGAAGGAGGAGGAUGAAGAAAAGUAGAUGGUAUAAUAAGGAGUUACCAAAAGAAGUAUUGAAUACCAAACUAUUCCAUUUCAUGAAUUAGUGUUGUUUGAUUCCACCAAUAAUUAACACAUAGCGACAUAGAGUACACUGUUUCUUUUGUCUGUAUACAAAUUCUGAUCUUCAAAUCCAGUGUAGAGAGGUAAAUAGAUAUGAGGAUGGAAGAAAGCCAUGGCUCAGAAUGUUCCAAGACAGGACCCUCUAAUGAAGAUGGUUGUGAAAGUGAGCAAAACAACAACGGAGGAAGCUCAAGCAACAGCACAGUUGAAGAGAAUGACAAGAAGACAUCAGUGAGGCCAUAUGUUAGAUCCAAAUUGCCAAGGCUACGUUGGACACCUGAUCUUCAUCUUCGCUUUGUUCAUGCUGUUCAAAGACUUGGAGGACAAGAGAGAGCAACCCCAAAGUUGGUUCUCCAGUUGAUGAAUAUCAAAGGUUUAAGUAUUGCUCAUGUCAAGAGUCAUUUACAGAUGUUCAGGAGCAAGAAGUUAGUUGACACAAAUCAAGUAUUGGGUGAUCAUAGGCUUCUUGUAGAAAGUGGAGACAGAAAUGUUUAUAAUCUCAGCCAACUUUCCAUGAUUCAAGGCUAUAAUCCAAGCCAAAGUUCAGCAUACGGAUGUGGAUAUAAUGGGGAUGCUUCUCAUAGUAUCUAUGAAAACAUGGUGCAUAGGCCUUUCAUGGGUAGGAGUUCAUUGGAUGAAUCUGGAGGUGAAUUUUAUGGAAGAAUGACUGAGAGGAUCUCUGGGACCAAAAGUAACAUCAAUUGGUCUAAUAGCAAUUUCCAAGUGCAUUCUUCCAAUUUUGGUGAACAAUCAACAAGUAAAGUCCAUGAAUCACCAGAUCAUAAAUUCCUCUCAUUUGGUGGGCAUGAUCGUGAAUCUUUAUGCACACAAAUCAGAUUGAGCCAGAUUAAUCAAAUGCAGCCAAGUUCACAAGUUCUCAUGCCUCAUGAUAAUGCAGCCAGAUUAAAAAAACCAUUGGAAUUGAAGACCUUGAAAAGGAAGGCUUCAGAUAUUGACCUUAAUUUGGAUCUAUCACUUAAAUUAAAUUCAACGGUCAGUGCUGAUAACCAAGGAAGCACAGUGGACCAUGAUGUUGAUAGCAAUCUAUCACUUUCUUUGUUUUCUCAAUCCUCCUCCUCUUAUCCUAGCAGCAAGUUGAAAGAAGCACAAGAUCAUUGUAAGGAGCAAGGGAAAAGGGUCACUCUGGAUCUGACUAUAUGAAUGAGACAACUUCUAAGUGAGAUCUUGAGGUACCUGUCAGUAUAUGAUGCAUUUUGUAACCAAAUUAUUACAUUUAUCUGACACAACUAUAUUUUCUUCUUGUCCUUUUCUGUAUAUAUGGACAACCAAUAACAUUUUGUCCAUUGAAUACUGGUAUUUUCUAGGUGCUAAGAAUCAUGAUCUCAAUAACAGUAUUAGUUUGUAUACUUGUACUGUCAU